UGCACUCUCAGAGAGAGAAAGAGAGGCGCCGAACCAAAUCCAAAAUCUGCAGUAAAACUACGUACGAAUGUCCAGGCAGAAGAUUUAGCAUCCAGCUAGAGGCUGAAACACUGCCACUUUCGGCAGCAUAAGUUGGAGUAGCCAAGUGGGAAGAUCUGGACUCUUCAGCUGUGGCUCCCUAGAGCUGUUUGAUGAUUAAUAGUGCUGAUAUCGGAGCAUUCCUGGAAAGAUAAGGCUACGUGGACCGAAGUCGACAGGGUGGAUCGCAGUGGAGAGGCUGAGUGUGAGAGUAUGGGUGAGCUGGAGGGAGAGAAGGACUGGCGAAAGCUGGAGACACACUUUGAGGUGAAGGUCUUCCUCACAGUGCUCUAUAGCCUCAUCCUCGUACUGGGCAUCGUGGGAAACAGCAUCACCAUUCAUGUGGCUCAAGUGCUCCAGAGAAAUGGCUACCUACAGAAGAACGUUACAGAUCAUAUGGUGAGCCUCGCCUGCUCUGAUUUGCUGGUCCUGUUGAUUGGCAUGCCCGUAGAGCUCUACAGUGCUAUCUGGUUCCCUUUCACCUCCGCCUCUGGGAACGUGUCCUGCAAGAUCUACAAUUUCCUGUUUGAGGCGUGCAGCUACGCGACCAUCCUGAACGUGGCCACACUGAGCUUCGAGCGCUACAUGGCCAUCUGCCACCCGUUUCGCUACAAGUCGCUGGCACACACCCGGACUGCCCACCUCAUCCUGGCUGCGUGGCUCACGUCGGUGCUCGUUGCUGUGCCGCUGCUGGUCACCACAGGGACGGAGGGUCACGUUGUGGAGCCUGGAGGGGCUCCAGCACAGAAUCUGACGUUUUGCACUAACCUGAUGGACCACUGGAGGAUGUACCGCUCCAGCGUCUUCGGGGCCUUUCUCCUCUACCUGCUCAUCCUGGGAGGCGUGGCCUUCAUGUGCAGGAGCAUGGUCGCUGUGCUGAGGGCUCCCAUGGUGACAGCAGACACUUCGGCAGGUGGAGGGGAAGUACGAGUACCCAAGCACGAAAGUGCAAGGCUCAAAGCAUCCCGCAAACAGACCAUCCUUUUCCUAGUGUUGAUCGUCUGCAUGCUGUUUGUGUGCUGGAUGCCCAACCAGGCACGCCGUCUGAUGACAGCAGCUGUUCCCAAGUCGAUGUGGACGAGGGACUACCUGACAGUGUAUGCCGUGCUGCAGUCUGUGGCUGACACCUUCUUCUACCUGAGCUCGGUGCUCAACCCGCUGCUGUACAACCUCUCCUCGCGGCAGUUCCGUGCCGCCUUCCUACAGACCCUGCGCUGCCGCCUCGCCGUCCAGCACGUCAACAAACGCAGGCUGGAUGAGCACAAUGCCUCGCUCGCCUCCAGCCACCUCCGGCGCCCCCUGUUGCGCAUGUCCUUGCGCCGAAGCGCACUGCCCUCCGUCCGGACAGCCCAUUCUGUGAGCCAGAGUGCAGGGGGUGGCCCCGUGGUCCAGGUCUUAACUCCGCCUCCAUCUGUCACCUCGGAGACGGAAACAUCAGAGUGCCAGUAGAUCAGGCUGGGGCUCCUCCUACCCAAACUGCCUCUCCAAUUUUUAAAGCACUAUAAGACAUGCAGCCCUCAUUCCUUUCUUGUACAACUCCAAUCCUGUAAAUACUACUAUUUCAUAACCUGUUGUUUGCUUGCAUGAGAGACUGUCAGCUUUGACAGAUAUAAGACAUGUAGUCUGAGUACCUUGCUAAUGUCAUCAUUCCUCUUCCUGGCAUCAUGGUUUUUUAACACUUUCCUCACUCUUGGCUUUCUCCCAAUUAUAGCUGUAAUUUGGCAUUUUUGAAAGGCUGCCAUAGCUGUUUUGUUACUUGCCUUGGUUGCCUGAUCUCAUGCCUGUCUCAGCAGCAGACAGUCUCAUCAAUAGAGCUUUGAUAACAUCCCUACUGCAUGGUUCGGUGCGUGCACCGUCACUGCUGAAAAAACAUUAAAGACCUAAUCUGGA